UGAGUUUUAAGAUGGAUGAAUGGUGAAGCUAUCUACCAAGCUAGUGGUAGAGCUUGCCUCCUCCUCAUCUUCUAUGCUACGUACUAUGCAUGACUUAUGCUACGUACUAUGUUUCCUCAAUCAAAUGAUAUCUACUCUUCUUUCUUCCCAUUCUCGCCUCCUACCCUCAACUAUGGGAGCCUCCAUGACAUCUUCUCCUUCUCCACCUCUGCCGCUGCGGAAAACAAUCCUCCAGAGCCAUCACAACUGCUACCUGCAGAAGCAAUAGCAGCACCGGAGAAAACAGCCUCCAGCCGCACGAGACCUCUAAGAAAAGACCGGCACAAAAAGAUCUACACAGCAAAGGGGCCGCGAGAUAGAAGGAUGAGGCUUUCUUUAGAUGUCGCCCGCAAAUUCUUUGACCUCCAGGACCUACUCGCCUUCGACAAGGCUAGCAAUACCGUUCAAUGGCUGCUCAACAAGUCCAAGGCAGCUAUUAAAGAACACAUGGCCGAAUCCAAGGGGAAAGUCUCCACUUCUGAGUGCGAAGAACGCAGCUCCGCUAUUUGUGAAAACAAGCGCAAGUCACCGGCAGCGGCGGAGACGAAGGCGUCAAAGAGGACAACGGCUAUGCUUAGGGUAGCCAGGGAGUGCAGAGACAAAGCAAGGGCUCGAGCAAGAGAAAGAACCUUGGAGAAGAAAAAGAAGAUGAUGAUGAUUCAGUGUUAUGAACAAUUGGAAGGCAGAGAAGGAAAUCAAGAGCCACAUGAGCUAAUCAUGAAAUCAUCCUUACAGAAUUUGGCAGAGAUGAAAGAGCAAUGCUUUAUUACAUCUCACAUAAAUCAUGAGGAGCUCAGCGGCGAUGGAUCGAUUGCAAUAUGUGGCUAUAAUGACAAUGUGGAGACUUUCUUUCAGGAUCAAAGGGAUAUGAUCUUUACUGAAAAUAUAGAUGAAAUAGUUCUUCUUGGUGAGCUUCUACGUUAAAUGGGAUAUGGGAUGCUUAAUAAUACCAUCCGUGUUUCAUAAGGUAUAAAUCCUUCUGUACGUGAUUUUAAUCUUUG